AUGGUCCUGUUUAAGUGUGCUCAGAUCUGGUCAGGGUCACAGGGGAACAAGACGGAAGUCUGGCCCAAACAACUGGAUGAGAGCAGUGGCUCCACCCUCAUGGCUGAAAUCCACGGUUUCCCAUCCCAUUGCUCCAUCAGCUGGAACCUGAGGCUCCCAUCCCAUCACUCCAUCAGCAGGAACCCGAGAUCUCCUGGGAUAGUCCUUCCCCUGGCCCUCCUCUUCUCCCACACCCUCCACUUCCCUUGGAGAAUCUUUUACUCCAUCUCAGCAUCCGAGGGGGAGCUCAUCUUCAUCUUUGUCAUCGUGGUCUUCAUCAUCACUACCAGGAUUGACUGGUUGACCGGGCCGGGGUCGGGGCUGGGGUCGGAGUGGGGGCUGCAGCUGGUUAUCCAUUACCCUAACCCCAACGACUCCUCCUGCCCUUCCCCAGGGCUGACUCAGCAGGGAGCUCCUGGUUUAAAACUGCCCUCAAAGUCCUCCAGCGUCCUGGUGCCUCCCCCAGCUUCACCCAGUCCGCACCUCUCACCUCCAGGAUCCGCACCGUGGCAGCGUAGGAAUCUCCGGGACCCACGGCCCCCAGGACCUGCAGCCUCCAGGACUCACAGCUUUCAGAAACUUCAGCGCCAGAAUUUCUGGGGCUCGCAGGCCUGCAGCUUCACGGCCCAGCAGCACCGGGCACUAACACCUGCCAUGGCCCAGGCCCACGGCCACGGAGGGGUCCAGUUCCAGAACUGGGCCAGAACCUACGGCUGCUGCCCAGAACUCUUCUUCCAGCCCACAUCUGCCGAGGAGAUAAGGGAGAUUUUGGAAUUGGCUCGGCAGCGCAACAAGAAGGUGAAGGUGGUGGGAGGGGGCCACUCCCCCUCGGACAUUGCCUGUACCGACGGUUUCAUGAUCCAGAUGGGGAAGAUGAAUCGUGUUCUCAAGGUGGACAAGGAGAAGAGUCAGGUCACUGUGGAAGCUGGGAUUCUUCUGUCGGACCUGAACACGGAGCUGGACAAGCAUGGCCUGGCCCUUUCCAACCUGGGGGCCGUGUCCGAGGUGGCCGCAGCUGGAGUCAUCGGGACCGGAACCCAUAACACGGGAAUCCAGCAUGGCAUUUUGGCCACUCAGGUGAGAUUCCUCCAGAUCUCCAUCCGGCCACACCAGCUGGAUGGGAGAAGAGGGGGAGGGGAGAGGUGGGCUGCCACUCUCAAUCUUCCCCCCUUCAAAGCCCUACUGAAAGUGCACCUCCUCCA